AUGGCAGCGAGACAAAUGGAAGAGAUACAGAGGGAGCUGGCGAUGCUGAAUUACUCGAGAGCCAAUGCGCCUGCUCAGUCUCUCCUCUUCGCCGGCAUGGAACGCUAUGCUCUUCUCGAAUGGCUGUUCUUCCGGUUGUUGGGGACAAGUCGCCCUUAUCUCAACAGAGUCUUCAAGGGGACGCCAUGGAUCGUGACGAGACUGCUCGCAUCCAAUGUGAGGCUUCUUUUGUAG